CAUUGAGCAGUACGUUUACUAUUAGAAUGGCCGAAGACACUGUGGAUGGCGGCGCUCCAGUGUCCACGGACGCUAUGGGCGGCGAGUUCUUCUCGUUUCCGUAUGAGCCUUACUCGAUCCAACUAGACUUGAUGAGGCAGAUAUGGACGACGUUAGAGCAAGGUCACUGUGGCAUUUUUGAGAGUCCCACAGGCACUGGCAAGUCCAUCAGCUUGAUCUGUGGAGCGCUAACAUGGCUCACCAAGCAUACGGACGAGUACGGACUUCAGCAAAGUGUUGCAAAAGCUAAAGUAACUGCUACAGAACGCGAUACACGAAAAAAGAGCGCGGAACCAAGUUGGCUGGACGACUUUGAGCAGAAGUCGGCGGAUCUGGAGCUCAAGUACCGCCAGCAGAUGGCCAAGGAGGCAUUGACUGGCAUCGAGAAGCUCCGAUUGGAGCCUGAAACCACCACAAAGAAGCGCAAAAUGAGAAUCGCGUAUAACCACAAUGAACGGAAACGAGUGCAUCAAAGCGGAAGCAGUAAAGCUAACAAGCAAGACGGAGACGAAGACGAACACUUGGUGGAUCCGUACGACAGCGAUCGAGUGGAGCGGCGUAAUAGUGGCAGUGGUGAUGAGAGUGAACCAGCAUCAAGUGGUCGGUUUGGUGAGGGGAAACCGAAAUUUGGAGUGGUGAAGAUCAUCUAUUGCAGUCGCACGCACUCGCAGAUCUCGCAAUUCGUUAGGGAGAUACGCAAGACUGCAUUUGGCAAGCACAUUCGCGUCGUUUCAUUGGGUUCUCGCAAAAAUCUGUGCACAAAUCCGAAGGUUACGAAGCUAAGCUCGGAUUUGAGAAUGACCGACAAAUGUUUAGAUAUGAUGCAAAGCAGCAAGACCAAGGACGGCAAGAAAGUGGCCAAGUGCCCAUUCUACGAGAAAGAAUUGCUUGGUCACUACAAAAACUACGCACUGGCACACGUGCAAGACAUCGAGGACCUACAUACUUUAGGCGAAGAAAUGUCCAUUUGCUCGUAUUACGGCACUCGUGAAAGUAUCCCGCUUGCUCAAAUCGUCACGGUACCGUAUUCAAUGUUGCUCAGCAAAGACACUCGUGAAACUUUGGGCAUUGCGCUGAAAGAUAAUAUCGUCAUUUUCGAUGAAGCGCACAAUAUUAUUGAUGCAAUCAACAACACGUACAAGGUUGAGAUUACCAGUAAGCGACUAGUGGUGGCACGAAGAACGCUUUGGUCUUAUUUCUCAAAGUAUGAGAAACGAUUCAAGGGCAAGAACGCCUUCUACAUCAAGCAACUCUUAUCGAUCUUGGAGUCUUUAACGAAGUUUCUCCGCCAGCUGAGCAAGUCUGCUGGGAAAGCGACUUUAACUGGAGAGGACGAUGAUGGUACUACAGGAGCUCAAAUGAUGACGAUCAACGACUUCUUGUUCAGUGCGCGGAUAGAUCACUUCAACAUGUUUAAGAUUUUGGAGUACCUUGGUGAGAGUGGGUUGGCGAAGAAGCUGAUGGGUUUUGUCGAGUCUACAAAUACUGGCUCUCCUGCUGUAGCUCCUGCAGCUACCGAUGAUCCAGAUGAAGGAUUCGAAAGUCAUCAUAUUUCACCACUACGGACAGUUGAAGCUCUGUUGAAAGCCUUAACUAGCGCGGGUGGAGAUGGGCGGAUACUCGCACAACCACAUAAUGCAAGCAAAGGCGUUGAAGGUUUGAUCAGAUUCAUUUUGCUGAAUCCUGUGAUCCACUUUGAAGAAAUCGUGAAGGAGUCACGGAGUGUUAUUCUCGCCGGAGGAACGAUGCAACCGGUAUCACAAGUGAUUGAUCAACUAUUCUCCUCGGUACCCAGAGAAAAUGUUGAUUUGUUUUCGUGUGGACACGUUAUUCCUCCCGAAAAUCUGCUCGGCUUCAGCCUUGCGUCGGGUCCUUCCCAGAAGCACCUCGAAUUUACGUAUUCGCGACGAGAUGACAUGGAAGCACUGGACGAGCUUGGACGUAUCUUGUUAAAUCUUUCACGUAUCGUACCAGGUGGAAUCGUAGUAUUUUUUCCUUCAUAUCGUUUCGAAGAGAAUGCAGUCCGUCGAUGGCAAGCUACCAAUCUGUACGAACAAAUCCAAGCCAAGAAAGCAAUCUUCAGUGAACCCAAGAAAUCCGAUGAGCUUGCAGAGGUGUUGAUGCAGUACUCAGCAGCAUGUUCUCGAGGCAAUCGUAGCGGGAACGGGGCUAUGCUGCUGAGUGUGGUUGGCGGCAAAAUGUCGGAAGGAAUCAAUUUCAGUGACGAGUUAGCACGAUGUGUUGUGAUGGUGGGUAUGCCGUAUCCGAAUGCUCGAGAUGCAGAGCUUGUCGCGAAAAUGGCAUUCCUGGACAAGAGAAAUCCCGGGUCUGGGAGGCAGUUCUACAAGAGUCUUUGCAUGAAGGCCGUCAACCAGUCCAUUGGACGGUCUAUUCGCCAUCAGAAGGAUUAUUCCACCAUUUUGCUGGUUGACCAUCGAUACUCCAGCCCAGCAGUUCGCAGUCGCCUGCCUGAGUGGAUUCAGAAGCGCAUCCAACCUCCGACGUCAUUUGGACAGGUAUACUCCCAGCUCGUUCAGUUCUUUUCGAGCCAAGGAAAGGCAGAGUGCUAGCGGUCAAUAGACAGCAUUUCAAAUAGAAAACGGCUGGAGGUACGUACUUUAUUCUCCGAGAAACUACUGCGCUAGCUGCUUCUUGUAUUCCGCGUGAACGACUUGUUUCGCAAUGCCAAGUACUCGUCCAGCCAGCGCUUCGUCGUCAUAUGACCAUUCCAUGUGAACUUCCCACUCAGCAGACACCGACACUCCUACCGUGCGAAGCUUUAGCCAACGAUCAAUCUUCUCCAUGGGAAGAUCGAGAAUCCACUUCGUAAGACUGCUCUCCAAGGCUUUCAGAAGUUGAUCGGCAUCCGCUUGAGGCUGCUGUUCACUCUCGUCUUCUUCGUCAUCCGACUCAACUGCAGCAGACAAGAGGAAAGACAAUGCAGACGCAGGGCGGGAACUUUUCUUCUUCACACGAGGCGAAGGCUCGAACGGCUUCUUCCACGAAUAUGAAAAGAAGAGCGAGUGUUUCUUCUUCCUCAAACGCCGUGCUCCGUUGCCACUCGACACUAGCAUCAGCUUACGUUUAGGCUCGGCAAUCAACAUCCCCUGUACAUCUGAUGGGUUAUUGAACAUUGCCUUGUGGAUACGCAGUGGAAUAUCGCGAGCAGGUUCGAUGGGCGUUCGUCCUGC